GCGAGUUCUUGGAGAGGCUGGAGCGCAGGAGAACGAAGAUGGAGAUUGGAUGGACGUGGUAUGUGCAUUGUUAUCGUCAUUCUGGCUUCAGCGCAUUUGACGCUCAAGUGCACACACACACACACUUGUGGCCUGUCUGGUUACUGGUUUUACACUGUAAGGGAGCUGCUGGACAUGGUGAGAGGGAACUUGCCUGGUCUUGCAGAGAACCAUCACCAGCAGGGAGGAGGAUGGGAUGGGAAAAUGACGAAGUCAAAUCUUCACAUGGCACUCCUGUCCCUUGAUCAGCUAUCCACACUUAAUAACUGCGGAAAGGAUUGCAGCUUCAGUUCCUAUGCCUCAGAUGAGAUGCUGAGCCACAUGCCAGAUCUGCCCAGGACGAGUCGUUGCAUGCAUGAUGUUGAUGCUGGUAGGGACUUUGCAGAAGCUGAAGGCUAUUUGGCGAUGCUCCAAGUUUUCGAAUGCUGUCAUCCUGAUGCUGAAGAGACUCGUCUGGCUGCUUCCAUCUUGGCUGGUUUUGCAUCUGGCCUCUCAGUCGUCCCUUGGCAACCUGAUUUAAGCAACCAGGAACUGCCUGAAACACUGGAGUAUAAUGUAGAAUCGGAUGGAGACCCCAUAACCGCCAACGAAGUGGCUCUCCCUUUUGAUACUCAAUCAAUCAGGGAGUCAGCUGUAUCUGCAAUCUCUGCCUUUGCCGAGGCGGCAAGUGACAUCCAUGGUACAACGAGCCAUCAUACGCAAGUAUCGCACAUUCCCCGCAGUGCCCGCACCCCAACCGAUUACUGUGAGCGUAUAAUGCUCCAAAGUGAAAUUCAGUCCAUGUGCAGUUCAAUAAUUUGUACUGUGGUGAACCGUCCCGAGCAGAGUGCAAUAGUCACUGUUGUGCCUAGUCAUGACCCUUCUGAUGUCAGUAUAAUGGUUUGUCCUCCAUCUUCUGGUGAGAUAUAUGAUGAUGGUCACGUUUUGGACAAUCACCCACACCACGAGGAAAAUGAAAGGGUUCACGAUUAUCAGUUAGAACCAAACUCCGACCAGAUCACGACUGAAGAUCCACCAGACCACCCCGUCUCGGCUGAUGGGCUCCGUGCAGUGCAUGGACGCUCUAAUGCAGCUCUACCCAACACCCUGACACGAGACACCCAUCCGGAGGAGUCCACACAGUCGGUGGAUGUUUCUCGUGAGAUUGGCGUCGAUGAUCACCUUCUGGACAAUCUGCCACGACCGCAGGAAAGAGAAACGGUUGCUGAUUAUCUGUCCUAUCAAGACGUCUAUCAUGCGGGCUCCGUGGCCACAUUCAGCAAUGCAUUCACAACACUUCACCCGGUUGGCUGGCUUGUGCAGGGGGCUGUUCCGGAUUUUUCGAGCUGCCGGUUGGUGAAAGCAGUCAAAGCGGUCUUCAAGCAGGAGAUAGUUCUCAACGUAGUGCUCAGGUGUGCGGCGGGGGAUUUUCGGUUGUCAGAUAUUGCUGUAUCUGAUGCAGUGAGAGCUCUUGCCUCGGUUUGGGUCCCUAGACCAAUCCAUUGGCAUCGCUUAAAUAGGGGCUUCAUGGGUGACUCAGCAUCAGGUUCUCUUGCUCCUCUCAACAUGAUCAGCGAUCUUCCAAACAGAGAGGAGAUCCAACAGCGCCUCAGAGACCUGGUUUCUCGCUGCUGUGAUAGGGGGCCAUUAUUGCUCUCUGCCUUCUCAAAGCUCCACUUGGCAAAGAUCUGUAUUGCUCAAGGAAUCAGGGAUACGGAUCCUAAAGCUGCCGAGGUUCUCCUGCAGUGCCUUUCCUACUGGCGACGAGCUGUGGGCCCUAGGGAGCUUGAUUGGUUUGCUUGUGAGGCAAUCGAAACACUGCGUGGUCUGCUUGCGAGUUCCAACUGCCGAGACUUAAUCACAGCGCAAGUCUGGGCAUCACCAGGAGGCACCGAAUGCCUACGAUUGAUGCUCACUGGUGACAUCAACUGCAUCCGUUCCGCGCGGUUCUUUGCUCGAGCAACCAGCUUCGAUAGCCACGUGCUCAGGCACACAAAAGAGGACCAGGAUGGCAAACACUCAUCGUCCGAACACACAGCACGCGUGAGCCGAUGCAUGGCAUCAGCAACAGGGCUUCUCUCUGACUUACUGCGAAGCGAGUCACCGGCAAGGCCACACUUGCCACGUCCAUGGAGCGACCUCACGUCCAUCCUGAAGUCCUUAGGGUAGGUUGUGAAGACUCAACUGAACCACCACAGGCGUCGAAGGAGGAAGGCAUAUGGCUUGUCCGUGAGCGCUAACACUUCU